AGGCGCCAAAAUGGCGUCCGAGCGACCAACUGGGUCUGAAUCGGGGGAUGCUGGUGUGGUGCUGGAGGGAAAUAGGGAAGCAUCCCAGGACAUCAAGAUGGCACUUUACAAGCAUGGUCGGCUGAUUCCCUCUCUAGGAGAUGCGAAGUUCGGAAGACCAAUGAUCGCUGAAAUCUUAGAGAAAAAGUUUGAGUCUUAUAGAAACGACCAGACUUUAAAUAUACGUGGAACUUUAUUCUUUGGAGUAAGUAGUAGUUUGUCUGGCGUUAUGGCAAACUUAGUAUUCAGAUACAGUUUCAAGGUUAAGUAUGAAGCUUUGAGGACCUAUGCAUCCCUGACUACCCUUCCAUUUGUGGCUACCGCCGUUACUUACAAGCUCUUUGUGACUGAUGCUCUGCAAUCAGGUAAUAUAAGCCAGGAAAGCUGUGUUCUGAGAAGCUCACUGAUCGGCGUAGCCUGUGGGGUCUCCUAUCCCAGUGCUUUGGCUUUUUAUAAAAAUGGACGCUUAGCAGUUAAGUAUCACACUGUUCCAGUGCCGCCAAAGGGAAGAGUUAUGCUCCAUUGGUUACUCCUUUGUCAAACUGGGAUGAAAGCAAUGGCCGUUCCUCUGUUGUUUCAGAUAAUAUUUGGAGUGUUUAAUGGCUUAUAUCACUAUGCUGUAUGUGAAAAAGCAUAUGCAAGAAUUGUGCCUGAUGAUUAACCCAAGAAUCAGUGGAGGCUAGUUCAGUAGAAUGAACCUCUUUAUAAAAGGUCUUUGGCACUGGUGUAAAAGUGAAAAGGAACUCUGCUACUUUCACCUAGCAUUAUGAGAUCCUCAGUAAUUAUAAAUGUUAUAAAUGUUAAACAAA